AUGAACGCUAACAACAAUAAUUCUAACAACAACACGAGCACGAGCACGCCGGACACGCCAGAUAUGUACGUUACACCUGUGCAGAGUCCGAGAACACCGAGCACGCCGAGCACGCCUACACGGAGGGACGUAGAGGAACAUUGGAGCGAUAUCAACAACUCCGAUGUAGACUUACUGGAUAUGGACAUACCCAAUUUAUCUGACAUCGAAAUCGAAAGUCCGAUAUUAGCACGAGCACAACCUCCACAGGAGCCGGAUACGCUUGAGCUACUAGGCGAAGACUCCGGAUUGGACUCGGACGAUCCGAAUGACCUGUACUUCCAGGAAAUGCUGCAAGAAGAAUGGCGUCGGAGAGACGCAAUGCAAGAUGAUAUAUCGACAGCAUCCGAGAGUGAAGACGACGUGGUAAGGGUACCAUGCCCUGCAUCACCGACACGUCUUCGGGAAAAGGCGGAAUGGCAUCCUCUGCCGGAAGACGAUGACGAAAUGGAACCACGUGACAAGUAUGGGCAAGAGGAUGAAGCCUGGGAGCAGGGAAGAACACCUGACUACGCGGAGGGAGAUCCAGACGAAUCCAGACACCGGUGGUGGAAAGCGACGAUUUUCUCUGACUACCGGGACGACAACCAGCGAGAAGUGUGUUUCGCAGUGGAAUAUUUUGAAACUAUUUUUAAUCGCUUACUGCUCCUAGCUGGAUUGAUCUGUGCAGUUAUGGGCAUAGAAAUAUGUCCAAAGACACACAGAAUACAUGCCCAUCUCAUAUUGGGAUUCAGCAGCGCAAAGAAGUACUCAACACUCAAGAAGAAGAUUGGAGACGGACAACUGCGCUACCUACUGACAGACGACCAGAUAAUAAGUUGGUAUGAUUACGUGGUGAAAACCUUUUCAAAAGUAUUACAUCCCAAGAAAAUAUUGAGAUAUGGCGAGGGAAAAGUUCUUAACAAGAAGCAUUCUAUAUCUCGUACCGUAAAGAGAACACAUCGCGACAUGUUUUAUGACAACCAGCAAGCAAUUGAAGAAGGGAGAUUCGACGACAUUGAUCCAUUAUUUCGAUUCGAUCACAUGUCUAAAAUUCAAAAAUGGUACAACGACCAGCACAAGGCAGCAAUCAAGGUGAACCACGACCGACUUGUAUUCAUCUGGGGAAAGCCAGGUGUAGGUAAGACGUCACUAUUCUCCAGAAACAUCGAUCCGACACUAAUCUAUUGGAAGAAUCCGGCAACAAAAUGGUGGUGUGGAUAUCGCUCACAACCCAUUGUAAUUAUCGACGAAGUAACUCCACAGCAAUUUCAGAAAGGAGACAUAAACUGGAAUCUAAUAGGUGACCGUAAUGAGAUCUACGUCGAAGUCAAGGGGAGUCAAGUGCCCUUCCAGGCGCAAUGGGUGAUAGUCAUAUCAAACUACUCACUUGAUUCCUUAUGUUCUAACAGACUGGGUGGUCUCAACGAGACGUGGAAACACACGUUUAAGAGGCGAUGUGGUAACGAGACGGAUGGUUACCGUAUGUACUACUUCCCGGAAAAUCCACCGGCUGACAACGGAGAUUUCGCAGACGUCAGUCACCGAGUAUACGCCAUCUGGAAGAGAAAGUGGUAUUAUGACAUCAAGCCGUUCUUCAACAACAUCAUGAAUUUCCCUUGGGACCAUUAUAGUGUUUGUUACAAACAUAAAAGAACAAUUGAUUAUAAAUAG